AUGAGGUUUAAACUGGUAUUCACUGUUGGACCUGAGGCUGAGGAGAGGUUGUUGAGAAGUUGUGAUGUGCCAUUGUUCGAGAUUGGAUCUUUCAAGAAGUAUGACGAAAUAUUUAUUGGUGGCAUUACUCUACACCCUGUAGAAUAUUUAAUUGGAGUUGAAUGGGCGUACAAGUCCAACUACAAAGCAGUUAGAGAAGUAGAUGGUUUCAAGGUGAAGGAGAAAUAUGUUGAUGAUAUUUUGAAGGAUUUUACCAUGAGUAAAACCAAAUCAUAUAAGAGCAAUAUUCAAGUUAAAUUGAAGUUGACUAAAGAUGACACUCGUGAUUUUGUUGAUGCUACAUAUUUUAGGAAAUAUGUGGAAAGUCUAAGGUACUUGACUUCUACAAGGCUUGAUAUUACUUAUGGAGUUGGAUUAAUUAGCAGAUUUAUGAAGACUCCACGACAAUCCCACUUGCAAGCAGCAAAGAGAAUUUUGAGAUAUAUUCAAGGUACGCAGACUGAUGGUAUAUUUUAUUCAAAGACUAGUGAUAGUAGUCUUGUGGGAUUUACAAACAAUGACUGGGCUGAUGAUACGAUACAAAGAAAAAGUAUUUCUGGCUAUGCAUUUUAUUUGGGUUUUGGUGUAUUUUCUUGGUCUUCCAAAAAGCAAUAA